AUGCCUUCCCAAGCAAAGGACUACCACUUUGAACUGCCCGACAAGGCCAUCAACGAUACUCGUCCGGUGCGCGUCAUCUGUGCCGGCUCCGGGUUCAGCGGCGUAUGUGCUUCCAUCUGUCUGCCGCAGCGCAUCCCCGACAUUGACCUCGUCAUCACCGCCACCGGCUUCGACACCUCAUGUGGACCGAAGCCGCACUACCCCGAGUCCUAUGUCAGCGUCUGGGCCGAGAGCAUGCCCAACUACAUGGUGUUCUUGGGUCCCAACGGCGCGCCGCCGUCCGGAUCCUCCAUCCUGGCUAUUGAGUCGCAGGCCGAAUACAUUAGUUACUGCAUCCUCAAGUGCGUGCGCGAGGGCCACCGCACCAUGGCUGUCAAGCACGAUGCCCUCAAGGCGUUCCGUGGCUACAUUGACUCGUACGUGCCGCGGACCGUCUACACCAAGCCGUGCACGUCGUGGUUCAAGCGCGGCACAUCCGAGGGCCGCAUCGUCACUCUGUUUCCCGGCUCGGCGAAUGGCUACCGCAAGAUGCUGCAGCACCCGCGGUGGGAGGACUUCAACUUUACAACAACGGCCGACUCAGCCGUGAAUCCCUUUGGCUGGAUGAGUGCCACCAUGACGUGCGGCGAGAUGGACGAAACCGACCCAACGCCGUACCUGCGAGACUUUGACUUUCCGCCGGUUGUGGAUGGGGCGGAGGACGGCAAUGGAUCGAGGGAAACAGACGUGGGUGCAGAAAAGGAGAAGGCGGCGGCCAAGGUGACGCCAGUGACCACUGCAGUCUAG